AUGCGCACCUCACGCUCAUCAUCCAACGCCUCUUCAACAUCAACGCCUUCAUCUGCAUCCUCAGACAACUUCCAGAUCUUUGUCAAGCUGCUAUCUGGAGACACCAUUCCUCUGACCGUCCCUUCAGACACCACGAUAUCAACCCUUCGCCAGCUACUCUCGUUGCGAACAUCCGCCCCAACAACAGACAUCCGCCUCGUCCACGCCGGCAAGCAUCUAACCUCCGCCGAUGCCUCAUCCGGCACAUCCACAACUCCAAUCUCUGAUCUCCUACCCCCAUCCUCGACUCUCCACAUGGCCCUGCCCAUCCGCGGUGGCAUGCCAACGAAGAAGAUAAAAUGCACGUUCAAAGAUUGCAAAGACGGAGCGCAGAGGAUAGUGGGUGAUUGCUCGUUCUGCCAAGGGCAUUUCUGCGGCAAGCAUAGGAUGUUGGAGGAUCACAAGUGCAGUGGGCUGGAAGACUGCAAGAAGGAGAGUCAUGAGCGGAACGCUGAUACUUUAAAUACCCAAAGGACGGUGGCUGUGAAGGGGAUCUAA